AUGGCAAAGGUUAUCCUCCUCACCGCAUUGGCUAUACUGCUGAGUGCUCAGAUAUGUUCUGCCUUUCAGCUGACAUGCUACUUUACCAACUGGUCCCAGUAUCGACCUGGCCUGGGGAAAUUCAAGCCGGAUAACAUUGACCCAUGUCUUUGUACUCACCUGGUCUAUGCCUUUGCCGGAAUGUCCAAAAAUCAAAUUACCACCACCGAGUGGAAUGAUGUCACCAUGUACAGCUCUUUCCAAGACCUAAAGAAACACAACAAUAACUUGAAAACUCUUCUAUCUAUUGGUGGUUGGAACUUUGGAACUGCUCCAUUCACUGCCAUGGUGUCCACUCCUGGAAAUCGCAAAACAUUCAUCACUUCAGUGAUCAAAUUUCUACGUGAGUACGGGUUUGAUGGAUUGGACAUCGACUGGGAAUAUCCAGGUUCUAGAGGCAGCCCUCCUCAGGACAAAGAUCUAUUCACUGUCUUAGUUCAGGAGAUAAGAGCAGCUUUUGAAGCAGAAGCUUUGAAAACCAACAAGGCAAGACUUAUGUUGACUGCUGCAGUGGGUUCCAGUAUCCCCAGUGUUAAAUCUGGUUUCCAGAUUCCUCAACUCUCUCAGUCUCUUGAUUAUAUUCACGUCAUGUCAUAUGACCUCCAUGGCUCAUGGGAAGGGUAUGCUGGAGAAAACAGUCCAUUGUUUCCUAUGCCUUCCUUCACAGAACAUAGUUCCUACCAGAAUGUUGAUUAUGUUAUGAACUACUGGGUGAAAAACGGUGCUCCAUCUUCAAAACUGAUUGUUGGCUUCCCAGCUUAUGGUCGGUCUUUCAUCCUGAGUAACCCAUCUCAUAAUGCAGUUGGUGCUCCAACCUCUGGACCUGGCCCUGCUGGUCCUUUCACCAGGCAACCUGGUUUACUGUCUUACUAUGAGAUCUGUACCUUCUUGAAAAAUGGAGCAACUAAUGCAUGGUCAUUCCCAGAAGAUGUUCCGUACGCAUACCAGGAAAGUGUCUGGGUGGGAUAUGACAAUGUGAACAGCUUUCACAUCAAGGCAGAAUGGCUGAUGAAGUACAACUUUGGAGGUGCAAUGGUUUGGUCUAUUGACCUGGAUGAUUUCACAGGUACAUUCUGUAACCAGGGCAAGUUUCCUCUGAUCAAGACGCUGAAGAGCACUCUUGGUAUCAAUGCCUCUGGCACCAUAACCCCUGCCUCUCCAGUUUCUUCAGUCACUGCUGCCCCAGCCGAUGAUCACAAUAAAAAAAGUAGUGGCGAUAGUCAUAAAAGCAGUGACUCUGGUAGCAGCUCUGGUGGGAAUGGAUUUUGCGUUGGAAAAGCCAGUGGACUUUAUCCAGUGUCUGGGAAGAAGAAUGCCUUCUGGAAUUGCUGGAAAGGAAUAACAUAUCAGCAGGACUGUCCAGUUGGUCUCAUCUUCGACCAGCGCUGUCAGUGUUGUAUUAAUUCCAUGUCUUCCCCAUCCAAAAGCAGUAGUGGAAGCUCAGAUAGUUCUGGAUUCUGUGUUGGAAAAGCCAGUGGACUUUAUCCAGUAAAAGGAAAUAGGAAAGCUUUCUGGAACUGUUGGAAAGGGCUCACAUACCAACAAAAGUGUCCAGCUGGGCUCGUCUUUGAUCAGAGCUGUCAGUGCUGCAUAUUUUUGUCUUCUUCAUCCACUUCUCCAGUAACAGUUGCACCAGCCAAGAUUCACAAUAACAAAGGCAGUAAUACUGGUAACAGUCCCAAGAGCAGUGACUCUGGUAACAGUCCCAAGAGCAGUGACACUAGUAACAGUCCAAAGAGCAGUGAUUCUGGAAGCACACCUAAGAGCAGUGGUUCUAGUAACAGUCCCACAAGCAGCAGUUCCAGUAGCACUCCUAAGGGCAGUGGUUCUGGCAAAACAUCUAAGAGUAGGGGUUCCAGUAGCAAUCCCAAGAGCAGUGACUCUGGCAACAUUCCCAAGAGCAGUGGUUCCAGUAGCAGUCCCAAGAGCAGUGGUUCUGGCAACAAUCCCAAGAGCAGUGACUCUGGCAACAUUCCCAAGAGCAGUGGUUCCAGUAGCAGUCCCAAGAGCAGUGGUUCUGGCAACAAUCCCAAGAGCAGUGACUCUGGCAGUGCUCCUAAGAGCAGUAGUUCCAGUAACAGUCCCAAGAGCAGUGACUCUGGCAACAUUCCCAAGAGCAGUGGUUCUAGUAGCAGUCCCAAGAGCGGUGACUCUGGCAACAUUCCCAAGAGCAGUGGUUCCAGUAGCAGUCCCAAGAGCAGUGGUUCUGGUAGCAGUCCCAAGAGCAGUGGUUCUGGUGACAAUCCCAAGAGCAGUGACUCUGGCAGUGCUCCUAAGAGCAGUAGUUCCAGUAGCAGUCCCAAGAGCAGUGGUUCCAGUAGUAGUCCCAAGAGCAGUAGUUCCAGUAGUAGUCCCAAGAGUAGUGGUUCCAGUAGCAAUCCCAAGGGCAGUGACUCUGGCAGUACUCCUAAGAGCAGUGGUUCCAGUAGCAGUCCCAAGAGCAGUGGUUCCAGUAGCAGUCCCAAGAGCAGUGACUCCGGCAACAUUCCCAAGAGCAGUGGUUCCAGAAGCAGUCCCAAGAGCAGUGGUUCUGGUGACAAUCCCAAGAGCAGUGACUCUGGCAGUGCUCCUAAGAGCAGUAGUUCCAGUAGCAGUCCCAAGAGCAGUGGUUCCAGUAGUAGUUCCAAGAGCAGUGGUUCCAGUAGCAGUCCCAAGGGCAGUGACUCUGGCAGUACUCCUAAGAGCAGUGGUCCCAGUAGCAGUCCCAAGAGCAGUGGUUCCAGUAGCAGCCCCAAGAGCAGUGACUCCGGCAGCACACCCAAGAGUAGUGGUUCCAGUAGCAGUCCCAAGAGCAGUGUCUCCGGCAAUACUCCCAAGAGCAGUGGUUCCACACUGGUAAAGAAUUCUGUGUUGGAAAAGACAGUGGUCUGUAUCCAGUGA